AUUCAGCUGCCAUCCCAAGUGAGAAAAGAACAACUCUCUGAAUAUUAAGUAGGAACAAAGAGAAAACAAGUCUAUAUAUAUUUAAUACACACUCUCACAGGAGAAACACACUGUAUCCACAUAUACAUUGACUUCAAUUUCCACGCACCUUAUUCUACUACCAGGUGCUUGCUAUCCACAAACAUGGCGAUAGGUGCAGUUUCCAUGGGUGUUCAUGGAUGGGGAGACAUGAAGAGUCUCAGCCUCCAAGUCAUCACCGGUCGAUGGUUCGUCGUCUUUGCCUCCUUUCUAAUCAUGGCUGCUGCCGGAGCCACCUACAUGUUCGGUCUCUACUCCGGCGACAUCAAAUCCACCCUUGGCUACGACCAAACCACUCUCAAUCUCCUCAGUUUCUUCAAGGACUUUGGUAGCAACGUUGGAGUCCUCUCCGGUCUUAUCAACGAGCUCACUCCACCUUGGGUGGUCCUCGCCAUCGGUGCCAUCCUAAACUUCUUCGGCUACUUCAUGAUAUGGCUUUCCGUCACUAAGAGAAUAGCCAGACCCCAAGUGUGGCAGAUGUGUCUCUACAUCUGCAUAGGCGCUAACUCUCAGUCCUUCGCCAACACCGGUUCCCUUGUCACCUGUGUCAAGAACUUCCCAGAAAGUCGUGGUGCUGUGUUGGGCAUUCUCAAAGGCUACGUGGGUCUCAGUGGUGCAAUCAUCACACAAUUGUACUCUGCUAUUUACUAUGACGACACCAGGGCUUUGAUUUUGCUCAUAGGUUGGCUCCCAGCUGCUAUUUCCUUUGCUUUCCUUCGAACCAUUCGCUACAUGAAGCCGGUUAGGCAGACCAAUGAGCUCAAGGUUUUCUACAACUUUCUCUAUAUCUCUCUUGGCCUAGCUGGGUUUCUUUUGGUCAUGAUUACUAUACAGAAAAGGGUCAACUUUACUCAGAGUGAGUAUGGUGUGAGCGCCGGUAUCGUCAUCUUCUUGCUCUUCCUCCCACUUCUUGUCGUUUCUAUAGAAGAACAUAAGAUCUGGCACAGUAAAAGGCUUGCUUUGGUUGACCCUUCCCCGGUGAAAAUAGUGACCGAGGGUGAAAAAGUGAAACCGAAUGAGGCUACUAAUGGGAACGCUUCAGUUACAGCAGUUUCCAACGACACAAAGUGGUGGGAAAAUGUGUUUAGUCCACCAGAAAGAGGUGAGGACUACACGAUACUUCAAGCGCUAUUCAGCAUAGACAUGUUAAUACUUUUCAUAACUUGCAUAUGCGGUGUUGGGGGCACGCUCACUGCAAUAGACAAUUUGAAUCAGAUAGGAUCCUCUCUUAGAUACCCCAAGAAAAGUAUAAGCACUUUUGUGUCCCUGGUGAGCAUUUGGAACUAUAUGGGAAGGGUUUUCUCUGGAUUUGUUUCUGAACAUUUUCUCCGCAAGUACAAGUUUCCCCGUCCUCUCAUGCUUUCUCUAACUCUGCUCUUAUCCUGUGUUGGUCACCUUCUGAUAGCAUUUGAUGUGCCAAACGGGCUUUAUGCUGCGUCGGUGAUCAUCGGGUUUUGUUUUGGCGCUCAGUGGCCUUUACUUUUUGCCAUUAUAUCAGAGCUUUUUGGACUAAAAUAUUAUGCAACUUUGUACAAUUUUGGAAGCGUAGCAAGUCCAUUAGGGUUAUACGUGCUUAAUGUGGUGAUGACCGGGCAUUUGUACGACAAAGAAGCAAAGAAGCAACUCGCAGCGUUGGGGCUUGAGAGAAAGGAAGGACAGGAAUUGAACUGUAUCGGGGUGGAUUGCUUCAAGUUAUCCUUCAUCAUUAUCACAGCUGCAACUUUCUUCGGUGCCAUUGUUUCACUGAUUUUGGUGGCUAGGACGAGAAAGUUUUACAGUGGUGACAUAUACAAGAGAUUCCAGGAUGCAGCGACGGUGUCAGAAACUGAAAUGGCAGAGGUAGAGAAGACGAGCAAGGCAGAGAAAGAUGCCAAACAUAUGGUGCCGCCGACUCAGAACUAGGACUAAUAUGGUAAAAGAUGAUCUUGUUGUAGUCAAGCUUCACACAGAGAUUAAUUAAUUAAUGAUGUCGCCUUAAAUAUUAGACAAUGUAAUAUGUAACAUUAUAGUUUGCCACAAUUUCUUUGCCGUAGUGUAUACUUUUCGUUUUCUCUGUCACACAAAA